AUGGCAAGUGUGGAAGAAUUGCAAAAAAAAGUAAGCGAAUUGGAAGCUAAGCUAGCAGCAGCACAAGGCAAUGCUGGACCUGUACGACAAAAAAUCGAUGUUAUGUCCUCUGAAGUGGUCGACUCUAAUCCGUACAGUCGCCUCAUGGCACUCAAGAGGAUGGGUAUAGUAGAUAAUUAUGAGAAGAUCAGAGAGCUCUCAGUAGCUGUAGUAGGUGUGGGUGGAGUUGGCAGCGUCACUGCUGAAAUGUUGACUAGAUGUGGGAUUGGAAAGUUAAUACUAUUUGAUUAUGAUAAAGUAGAACUGGCCAAUAUGAACAGACUUUUCUUCCAACCACACCAGGCUGGUUUAAGCAAGGUUGAUGCUGCAGCUGCCACAUUACAAGCAAUCAAUCCAGAUGUGACAAUUGAUACUUACAAUUACAAUAUUACUACUGUUGAUAACUUUCAGAAAUUUUGUGAUACUAUAAGUACAGGCAGUCUAACCAAAGGCCCAGUAGAUCUCGUGCUUAGCUGUGUAGAUAACUUUGAAGCUCGGAUGGCAAUCAAUACAGCUUGCAAUGAACUGAACCAGCGUUGGUUCGAAUCAGGUGUCAGCGAGAAUGCAGUGUCUGGACACAUACAGUUCAUUGUGCCUGGAGAGAGUGCUUGUUUUGCUUGUGCACCUCCAUUGGUGGUCGCGGCUAAUAUUGAUGAAAAGACCCUUAAAAGGGAAGGAGUAUGUGCGGCCAGCCUCCCCACCACCAUGGGAAUUGUUGCCGGCUUUCUAGUUCAAAAUACACUGAAGCACCUGCUAGGGUUUGGGAAUGUGAGCUAUUAUUUGGGAUACAGUGCAUUGACAGAUUUCUUCCCCACAAUGACUUUAAGACCCAACCCGCAGUGUGACGAGGUGUGGUGCCGGCGGCGCCAGGCGGAGGCGCGCGCGCGCCCCGCGGUGGAGCUCGCCACGGAGGUGUUGGAGGACACCGUGCCCGUGCACGCUGAUAAUGAGUGGGGCAUCAGUUUGGUGGACGAAAACUCACCUGAAGAAGAAACUCCGAAUUUGAAGCUUGUAGAUGGCGUCCAGGUGGCAUACAGCGUGCCCGUGGACAACAGCACGCCGGAGUCGAGCACGGGCGGCGCCGUGGCCGCCUCCGAGCUCUCCCUCGAGGAGCUCAUGCAGCAAAUGAAGUCCAUG